AAAUUUAUUACAGGAAGUCCGUCAUAAUACACUAUUUCGGAAUCUAUCGAUUGCCGGUGUAGUAUUGUAGUGUGAACUAGCAAAGAAUAUGCGUCCAAAACCAGCUGAAUCCGUAGUACUGUUGGAUCCUUCACAGAUCUAUAGACCAGAAGAGGAGUACAGUGAAUAUAACGAGUUCAUCAUAUCCAGAACUGAUAAGACAGUUGAAGAUUUUCGCAAUUACAAUGUCAACCUUCAAACUGACAAAGUUCAUAUGACAUACAGAAUGAUGCAUGAAAAGCAAACCAUGACUUUUGUCAAUGAAAAGAAAGAGCAUUGGUGCUGUCUGAACAAGUUUAAAAUGACCAUCAUGGAUGCUGUGCACAUGUUAGAUGCUUUGGUGGAUGAGAGUGACCCAGACACAGACUUACCCAAUUCAGUACAUGCCUUUCAAACUGCAGAGCGCAUUCGUGUUGCCCAUCCAGACAAAGACUGGUUUCACUUGAUUGGUCUUCUUCAUGACUUGGGAAAAGUUAUGGCAUUGUGGGGAGAGCCUCAGUACUGUGUUGUUGGAGAUACUUUCCCUCUUGGCUGCAAAUUUUCAGAAAACAUAGUCUUCCCUGAGACAUUCGCAAACAAUCCAGACACAAAAGUUCCAGAGUAUAGCUCAAAAUAUGGUAUUUAUCAACCAAACUGUGGUCUGGACAACAUCACAAUGUCUUGGGGACAUGAUGAGUACAUGUAUCAGGUUUUAACUGGAAACAAUUGCAAGCUUCCCAAAGAGGGACUGUAUAUGAUAAGGUAUCAUUCAUUCUAUCCUUGGCAUUGCAAUGGAGAUUAUAAUUACCUUUGUAACAAGGAAGAUAUGGGAAUGUUGAAAUGGGUGAAAGAGUUCAACAAAUUUGACCUGUACUCAAAGUCUGAUGCUAUACCAGAUGUGGAGGCUGUAACACCAUACUAUGAGGAAUUGAUAGCCAAGUACUGCCCAGGAGAGCUAUCCUGGUGAAUGAAACAUGUCUGAUACACAAUAAUCAACUAAAAGUUUUAAUUUGAAAAGCAAUGCUUCAUCUAAAUAAUGAACAAUUUUUCUCAAACCCCAAAGCAUGUAUGUUUGUCAAGUGUGGACCAGAAAUAUCAAUUGAAUUGGUACGGGCAAUCAUAUAAUAAUAAGGCUUCGAGAAGGAGACAUUUCAAUCACUGGAAAGCUGUGGAAAGACUUACACUAUAAUCUGGAAAGUCAUUAAAAAUCAGAAUGUAAUUAUUAAAUCAAUGAGUGAUGCCUUGUGGACAGAGCCAAGUAUUGUGUAGGUUUAACAUAUUGUUAUACUUUGUUGCUUUAUGCUUUUGUCAAGUUUUGACCAUAUUAAUGCGUGUGAGCGAAUGAAUGAAUGAAUGAAUGAAUGAGGCAGUGUGUGUAACUAUAAGUUUAGAUAAUCUCAUAUUUCAGAAGUAGAAGUACAGUUGAGAGGCUUUUGAAGUUAGGUAUAUUUACAGUUCUGUGGUCUUUUUUUUGUAGUAUCUUUUGUACCAUUGUCACUGAAGUAAACUAUCCAAGGGUGUAGGGCUUUCUUUUAAUAAAGAAUUACUGUUAAAGAAA